UUUACCAAUAUUUACUUUUUUAUUUAAUUUAUUGCACUUAGCUAAGCGCUGUGAAAACCUAUUGAAACUCAAAGGCUUAUUAUGAUUCUCCUCAGUAAAUAAGCACCAAUUUGGAGGCCUAAGAAUAUUCGAAAACUCAAACUUUGGAGACUGCCGAGGAAGAUGGCAGCAGCUAAGAAAGCUCCGGAAAUCGACAAUUUUCUUUCACAUUUAUCUGGAAUAUACACCUCUCAAUUUACCCGGAUAUAAAUACAUCUGACAUGCUAAAACCUAAAGUAUUUCUAAGAAGCCAGAUAUUAAUAAUUUACCGACGAAAUGUCAAGCAACAACAAAGCUAACUAUUUCAAAGGUGCAGUAACGAGAAGCAAGCUAGCAGCGAGGACCAGCCCCACGCCUGACCGCACUUCUGCUAACCUGUUGACAGACUUAAGCUGCACUGAAGAGAAACAUACCGACCCCAACUUCAUGGAAGAAAUAUGGAACAUGAGCGCAACACUACAAAUUGUUGCAGCAGAUGUUGUCUCAAUUAAAGAAAGAACUAAAGAGCUUAAAGACUCUGUGGAAAAUAUUCUAAUUAGGCUGGGCGAGGUUGAACAGCGGGUGUUCCUCAACAGCACUCCCUAGAAAUCUUUUUUUUAAAAAUCUGUCCCCAAGCAUUUUUCAAUCAACAAUCAUGAACAGACAACAAACAAGCAGACAUUACUCAGAACUAAAUAUUCAUGUCUUUGACGUAGAAAAGUCCCUUCGUAAAGACUGAAACAGUAGCUAAACCAGAAAUUAAAUUAAAACUAAUUUUAAAAUCCCUAAAGAGAAACUACAAUGUAGUAUUUCACCCCAUGUUCAUUAGUCAAGUCAAACAGGUCAUGUUUAGGCCUGCUUCGUAGGAAUGAUUUCCUGAAGAGUUCUGUGUUACAAUAUUAAGUGCAAAAGUUUUCUGCUAAACAAAAUCCUUUAUUUGCUCUUCGUUUUGUUUAAAGGUUAUGCAGUGUUGUCCAUUUUAAGUGGCUUACCCAUACAAAAUUUCAUAUGAAUAAAAAUCAAAUUUCAAAGAUGAUAGAUAGACUGUUACUGUUUAGUAGGCACUGUCAGUUAGGCUGAAAAUGUCUCAUGCCUGGUUCCCAAAAAUGUAUUUGGGAGCCAGGCAUGACACUUGAAGUAGAUUCCUGAGGUCAAACAUUGUCAAUGGCCUUCAACCAACACAUCAAAGAUGGGCUAACCCAAGUAAGAUCUCGUAGUUCCUUAUAUAUUCUUCUUGAAAGAAGAAAUUAUCUGUAAAAGCUAAUUGAGAUUUGACCAACACUCUAUAAAGCACUUCAUAUUUAUAUCAAUUAACAGCCUCUUGUAAAUAUUUCAAUAACAUAUAUGCUCAAUAUGAUUGUACAAAUUGGUAUUAUGUCUUUCUUAACUCCCCUCAUCUUUUUCCAAUGGUUUGCUCCACAAGCUCUUAAGUAGGCCAUUGGUGACAUUGUACCCUUUGGUCUCUCCAGGCCUGACAAGAAGAUAACUGAAAGAAGGAUUGGAUUUGUUUGACUGACUCUGUUUAAGUUAGAGUUGUUAAAACAAUAAACUGUAGCAUUUUUGAACUUUUAAUUCAAAGUGCUUGGUUGAAGACAAAGAAUGGUUGAAGAAGAGGAAUCAAGAAUCAGCAUGCUACUCAAGCAGGUUGACUGGCUCACAUUUAUGUAUUUAUUUAUCCACAUAUAGUUUUCCUUAUCUACAACAGCCCUCCACCCAGUUUCUCCACAAUGGAGAAACUGGGUGGAGGCCAUCUCACACACAUCCUGAGAUUUGAUGUCCCCACCUCACCCAUGCCCAUCCCCCCUCAACAUUCCCUCCAUGGCUUGGAGGGAAACAUGCUGAACUAUAAAGUGUAGCAUGUUUUAACUUUUAAUGCAAAAUGUUUGGUUGAAGAUAAAGAAUGGUGGGAUAAGAGGAAUCAGUAUGCAAAUUAUUGUAAUUUAUAUAUUUAUUAAUCCACAUAAAAUUUCCGGAUCUGCUGUAGCCCCUCCACCCACUUUCUCAGUAAUGGCUGCCGUCUCACACACAUCCUGAGAUUUUAAGUUCCCACCUCACCCAUGCCCAUAACUCCUCAACAUUCCCUCCAUGGAUUGGAGGGAAACAUACUGUACUAUAAAGUGCAGCAUGUUUGAACUUUUAAUGCAAAAUGUUUGGUUGAAGAUAAAGAAUGGUGGGACAAGAGGAAUCAAGAAUCAGUAUGCUACUCAAGGAGGUUGGUUGACUGGCUUACAAUUCUUCAGUCUCUUUCUGCAAACCUUCCUAAUUUAUGUAUUUAUUUUUCCACAUCCUAAUUUUCUGAUUUGCUAUAGCCCCUCGCCAGUCUCUCUGUAAUGGCUGCCAUCUCACACACAUCCUGAGAUUUUGCGUCCCCACCUCACCCAUGCCCAUCCCCCCUCAACAUUCCUCCAUAGCUUGCUCUCAAACUUUGCAGAUUUGACUGGUGUGGAACCUACAAAAUGUCCAUUACAAAGAAUAAUUUUUUCUCCUGACGCAUUACUUUGGGAGAUAAUACAAGUUAAGUAAUUAAUUUCCUAGUUUUAUAACUUAAUUGAUGCGCGGUAGAGUUGUGACGCCAAAGUUAAGGUGUCAUUAGUUAUUAACACAGGGCUGGGCCGUAAGCCUCAGCUAGCUGCUUUUUGCAACCAAGCAGGAACUCCGGCCUGUGCCGGAGUCUAAAUCAAGCGCUCCUUUUUUGACUGCUGCACACCUGCACCGAAGGACGAGAUUCAGACCUUCAUGCUAACAUCCGAGGAAUGAGGAGCAAGCUAGCUAAAGAAAAUGAGAAGUAGAUCCAGUGAUAGGAGUGACGGUGGAGUAGAGUCUACACCCAGCUGUUCCAGUUUAAAAGCUACAGAUGAGACAUUUGGGCUUGAUCCAGAGCAGAGGCAAAUGGAUCAAACACGUCAAGCUCGUCGCCUGCAGAAACUUAAAGCCCAUCACAAUAAAUGUGAGGCUCAUCACAAGAAGCUCGUCACAAAGUUGCCUUUGCUUUGUUGCAUAAAGGCAACAAAUGAAGUGAGGGAGAACACGUCUUUUCUCCAUCAGAAGGGCUUAAUGUCAAAACAGUCAUCCGAUGAGAGCGACGAUACCAUCAUCCUUGGUCCAACACCAACUGAAGGGGACAUGAGCGUGCCUGAGCUUACAAGAACUGACAGUGUGAUUCUAAACAAACAAAUGCUUUGCUACUCAGAAGCAUCUCUAUCAAGUUCUGACAUCACUGAGGAAGAGUAUGUUCCCGAUUCUGAGGAAUCUGAGAGUGGCAGUCUAAACGACAGUGACAGUUCAGUAGACAUUAAACAGCUCAAGAAGAGGAAGAAAAGAGCCCAGAAAAAUACUUCUUCUCUGGAAGUCCAACCACUCAAGAGAAUGCGUGUGACCACUUCUAGUUCCUUGACUGCAAAAGAUCCUGGAGAAUCUUCUUCAACUGAUGCAAAAGAUCCUGGAGAAUCUUCUUCAACUGAUGCAAAAGAUCCUGGAGAAUCUUCUUCACUUGAUGUGACAGUCAUGACCUUGAAGAAGAAGGGAGAUGGCAGUAGGGCUUACAAUAAAAGGUACUUUUGUGCAUUUUGUAGCAAACCUUACAGCAAAAUGGCACGUCAUCUAGAAGCAAAACACAGUGAUAUACCAGAAGUGGAAAGUGCACUGAAAUGCCCCAAAGGUUCUAGAGAACGACUGCUGCAGUUGUCCUUGAUAAGAAACAAAGGAAACCGUGCCCAUAAUAAUAAAGUCAUUAAAGAGGGAAAAGGAAUGCUCAUUCCCCGCCAACAAUGCACUAAAUCUGCAAAAGCUGGUGAUUACUUGCAUUGCAUCAACUGCGAGGGUUACCUCAAGCGGAAAUCCUUGUGGAGGCAUAUGCAGAGGUGUUAUCUCAGUCAAAAAGUCAAAGGACUGAAGCCAGGAACAUCUCGAGUCCAAGCCAUUUGCAAAUAUGCAGAGCCAGUACCAGACAGCGUCAAUGCACAGUUUUGGAAACUAAUACGUGACAUGCACCAUGAUGAUGUAGCAAAAGUUGUCCAAAGUGAGAAGUGCAUCUUGAAAUUUGGAGAACAUUUGUUCAACAAACAUGGUCAAGAUGUUACAAGACACGAAUACAUCCGACAGAAGAUGCGCGAAACCGCACGAGUUGUUCUGCAAGGGAAGAAAGAUGGCAAGUUGGAGACGCUCCCAGACUUCUUUGUGCCAGCUAACUUCCCUCAUGUUAUAGAUGCAGUUAAGAAAGUGGCUGGCUUGGAUGAAAGAACAAACGUCUUCAAAACGCCAUCUUUAGCACUCAAGUUGGGUCACAACCUCAAGAAAGUGGCAAAUGUUCUUGAAUGUGAGGCUAUGAUCUCAGGCGAUGAGAAUACCAUUCACAAUGUGCGAAUUUUCAAACAAAUCUGUGAGACCAGAUGGAGCGAGUGUGUCUCUUCCCAUGCUCUUAGGACUUUGAAUGAGGCUAAGUGGAAUGCUCCUCAGCUUAUUCCCUUUGCUGAAGACGUUAGGAAAAUGCACCAGUAUCUUGACACAAAAAGGAUGGAGUGCCAGAGGAACCUGAAGGAAGAAGCUGUAAAGAAGAACUGGGCUGAACUUGCCAAGAUCACGCUUUGUGAGGUGAUAAUAUUCAACCGGAGAAGAGAGGGAGAAGUAUCCAAGAUGCCACUGAACGCUUUCACCUUGAGAGAUACCUCUGUCACCCAUCCAGAUGUGGAGCUUGCUUUGUCAGAACUUGAAAAGAAGCUGUGUAAACACUUCCAGCGAAUUGAGAUAAAAGGCAAACGUGGCCGAAAGGUUCCCAUUCUCCUAACUCCUAAUAUGGCAUCAUCAAUGGAGUUGCUUGUCCAAAAUCGCCGCAAUUGUGACGUGUUGGAUGAGAAUCCAUACAUGUUCGGGAGACCACAGACUCUCAAUCACUUCAGAGGAUCGGAUAUUAUUCGUGAGAUGGCUCAAAACUGUGGAGCAAAACACCCUGGAGCAUUGUCCUCAACCAAACUGAGGAAGCACAUGGCCACCAUGUCAAAGGUACUUAACCUAAAGGACAAUGAAAUGGACGACCUAGCUGACUUCCUUGGCCAUGACAUUAGAGUUCAUCGUCAGUAUUAUAGAUUGCCUGAAGGGACAUUACAGUUGGCAAAAAUCAGUAAAGUGUUGCUGGCACUAGAAAGAGGACAGCUCUCCCACUUCAAAGGAAGAAAUCUGGAUGAAAUCAGCAUUGAUCCACAAGAGAAAAUGUCUGUGGACAGUGGAUCAGACACUGAAGAAGAGGUUGACUCAGCUGAGAGGGAUGCUGAUACUUCAUCUUCCAGAUCACCAGAUGUGGAUGGCAACAAAAAAGUAGAAAAUGGUCAAUUUGGGGUGACCAGGAGAUGCACCACUGAAGUUGGACAAAGCAAUGAUCUGCCCUCAGCAAAAGAUUUCUUUGGUUUAACAGAGAGGUCAGAUGACGAGGUACUGGCAGACAUGGAAGUCUCUGGCAACUCCAACACGACUAACGGCCCACCACAAAAGAAGAGACUGAAGUGGAACCAAGAAGAAAUCCAGGCAGUGGAGAAAACACUCAUGGACUGUAUUGACUCUGGAAAGGUUCCUGGGAAAGCCCAGUGUAUGAAGUGCAUUGAAACCUCACCAGUAGCCCUCAAGGACAGGACAUGGCAAGGGAUUAAAUUCUAUGUGAAAAAUCGCAUAGAUGCAUUAAAACGAGAGACUUUCAAAAGAAGGUAAGCGUUGACCUUUUUGUUACUGUGAAAGAAAACGGAUCAUUUGUUAGUGCCAUUACCACGCCGAUUCUGUUUGGAGUUUCUGCCGGUUUUGAAGUUUUGAGACAGCUGCAGUCAAGUUUUGUAAUGCAAGUAUGUAUGCAUACUGUAUGUUCAUGUUUAUGGAUACAUAUCAAUGAAUACAUUUCAUUUUAGUACAUGCAUGUUGGAUUGUAUGUAUAUUUUUUGCAACAAGAUACUGGAAGUUAUGCAAUAAAAUGGUUCACAUAGAACCAGAAAAUGUAGUCCAUUAUUGAUGGUUGGCAUUAAGCAUGUUACCAGGUACUUAAAAAUAACAUUAAACAAAAACAAAUCUGAUAUAACACAGUUUAUUGACUUAAAAGAACUAGGAUUGCUCAUAUUUGACAAACUGUGUUCCCAAAAAUUACACAGUGCCACCUGGUGGUAGUUGGUGAUGGACAUGUCCCCACAUGGAGCCAAAAACCUGACAGAUUUUUGAUUUUCUAAAUUUGAUUAAUUUUUAUGUUAAAGAUUAUAUUUCAUGUUCCAAUAUCCCUAAAAAAAAUCCAAACCUAAAACCAAGCCUUUAGCUCAUUUAGAAAGUUGGGUCCCCACGUGUAACCACCUAGUCACUCGCCAAAACAAGUCCUCACGUUUCGGGAAAUACA